GCUGUUGUUAACAUCACAUGGACUUCCUGGUUUGUCGUGGUGCAAAAUAAUCGGAGAAAUUGUAUCGAUAUUUCCUCGUAUUUUGUUGAAAUAUUUGCCUCAUUCGCUACUAGGAUCCGGUACAACAAUGAACAGUUUGAUUAUUUUAGUAAUUGCAAUUGUACACAUAUUGACAUUUCUUGAACCAGUUGGAGGAUACACAACUGAGCUUGGAUGUGCGUUUCCGAAAUUCAAGGACUCUGAAAAGGAUUAUCCCAAACUUAAACCAUUCAUUGGAAAAAGCUAUCAAGUAACCGAUCCCUCGGACAAGUAUAUUUAUACUGUUGCUGUCUGUGGUUCUGUUGGCGGACUUGAUGGUGUUGGUGCCAUACAGACUACUGUAAAGAAGCCUAAGUCAACUGUCAUCCUGGGAAAGUAUAAGAAUGCUGAUAUCAUAUCUGGAACUGAUUGGCUGUACCUGGAGUACUUGGAUGGGGAAAACUACAAGAGCCACUGCGGCCAUGAAGGGCGUCGAGCAGUCAUCAUGUUCACUUGCGAUGAGUCCAUUUCAGAUUUGCAUGCCGAGAUGAUUAUUUUGGAAGAAAACAACAACAAGACCAAUGACUGCUACUACCUGUUUGAAUUGAGUCAUCAGGAUAUCUGUCCCGCUAGACCGUCCAGCAACCUCAGUCUGGGAUCCAUCUUCAUCAUAGUCUUGUUCAGUUUGAUAGCUGUGUACCUCUUCUUCGGCUUCUUGUAUCAGCGCUUUGCUCUUGGUGCCAAGGGAAUGGAACAAAUACCCAACUACAGUUUCUGGGUGGACUUUGGCAAUUUGCAGGCGGAUGGGUGUAACUUUGUGUGUCGGAGUGGAGAAAACCGUGGACCGAGGACCUACAAGGGUGUAGGGGAUGAUCAACUGGACGAUACUGAGGAGAGAGAUGACCACUUGUUGCCGAUGUAGUUGGGUGGCGAGCAGUGUCUAGGGGUGGGUAGCCAUUGGUGG